UGAAAAUUGUUUUACAACUUUCAUUUGUAGCUCCAUAAAUUAGUGUUUAGUUGUUGUUGAAUUAAUGUUUAACUAGGAGCAGCAUAUGAAUAAUAUUGUAAAAACAAUUUAUUUGACAUUUAGCUGAUGAGUAAUCCACUUUUCACUCAGCUAGAAAUGGAUGGCUUCCAAACUAUAUACAAAAAUGAAUUUGCGGAAAAUUGGCGUAAAAAUCUUUUGGAGGAUGCGAAAACAGAGGUAGAACAGUGCAAAAAUGUAAAACUGCUACCACAGAGUGCACGACUAACGUUAUGGCAAUUUUGUACCAAGCUAUGCAUUACUAAAGAUGGCGUCCCGGGUCAUGCUUGUAGGUUAGUCGAGAGAUACCUGAUGGCUCAAUUGAGAAAUUAUAAAAAGAUGGCAGAGACAGUGCAAAGGAGAAAAUUCAUACGAAAAUUGAAAGAGGAAUUCCUAUUAACAUUGAUGGUCGCCAUACAACUUUCAGCAAAAAUGUCCUGCACCGAGAAGAAGGAUGAUUCGACACUUGUCCGAUUCUGGUUGCUCAGUUACGGUUGCUCGUUCACACUGACGGAUAUCCGGGAGAAAGAAUUUGCGAUAAUACGCGACCUGGAAUUCAGGAUUCCACUCUGGACAGGUGUCGAUACAGCAUUGAUGUUAGCAGUGGAAGCAAAUAUGACGGAAAGCGUUAUGGAGACUAUAGCACUAAUGAUGGAUACUGCAGAGUUCUUCCGAAAAGAGAUCGCUGAAAAAGUAGGUGAAACAGUUGGGACGUCAAAAGAGAAUGUAUUUAUUCGAACAAUACACUUAGCAGCAGCCGCAGUUUCCGCCGUUGCUGAAUUGAUAAAAGAAAAUUUUGAAGACACCAUUAACACGGUAGCUAAAGUUACCGCAGCACCGGUUGAUUACGUUAAUGUUAUAAAGAGUAUUUUACUUAAUAUUUUUGGAGACUGCUCUGGUGAAGUUAUGUUCUAA